AUGAGAAUUUCUUUUUACAGUGCUGCCGAUUUGAGAUGGAAAGCCUUGGAGAAGGAAGUUGAUUUCUCCGUCCAAUGGACUGAUGGAUGGAGCACAGACUCAAAGGAUGACGAUGAAGGAAGUGUUGCACAGUCACUAGAGACAGAGGAAGGGCAAUCGGCAGUGGGGAAUAGAGAAGAUGGUUCAGUGGCUGGUGAUGAGGGUUCCAUGCCGGUACCAACAGGAAUACACGUUGCGGCUGACAAUCCACAUGGUGACGAAGAAUUGGGAUCAACGGUUUUAACUGCCGCCGCAUUGGAAUCAGCCAAGUAUAAUAGUGUGGAAGAGGCGUACAAAGCAUCUGUGGCUUUUGUGAAAGUGACUGGAUUCGCUGUACGAAAGGGUGAUUCUGUGAAAAAUGAGGAAAGGAAUAUCGUGCGGAAGUUCUUUUAUUGCAAUCAACAAGGUUUGCAUGAGAAGAAGCACUAUGAGAGGGUCGAUAGGAAGAUGGCUCAUAAAGCAGAGACCAGAACCUAUUGUUAUGCCAAGUAUGUUGUAUACUUGGACAUGAGUUCUAGAAAGUGGAGGACGAAAACGUUUAUUGUGGAUUAUAGUCACGAUUCGGCCCCACUAGAUUUCACCAACAUAAUGGUGCCGCAUCGAAAGUUGACUGAUGGAAAUAAAGCUCACAUACACAGCAUGCAAGAGGCUGGAUUCCAGACAACUCAAAUCAUGGGGUUCUUUGCUCACUUGUGUGGUGGAUAUCGGAAUGUCAACUUUAUCAAGAAAGAUUUGUAUAACUAUAUGGAUGAUGUUUGGCAAUCCCGCAUUGUUGAAUGGGACGCUACGGCAACAAUUAGUUAUUUAAAGUGUAAGAUUGAGAUGGAUCCGUUAGUAAUUGUAAAAUAUUCGUACUGCGUUGAGAAGCAUCUAGGUAAUCUUUUUUGGUCAGAUGGCCACAUGCAAUAUAAUUAUAAGUGCUUCGAAGAUGUGUUGGCAUUUGAUUCCACUUACAAGAAGAAUCUCUACAACAUGCCUCUGGUUAUUUUUUCUGGUACUAACCACCAUAGGCAGACUAUUAUGUUUGGAUUUGGUUUGCUAGAGGAUGAAAAGAUUCCAUCAUAUAAAUGGUUGUUGGGCCAUUUUUUGGAGGUUAUGGAGAGUAAGGAGCCAAAAGUUGUUGUCACAGAUGGUCACGAGUGUAUGAAGGAGGCGAUUCGGACUGUGUACGUCCAUUUUGAUGUUAAGGACUUUGAAGAUUACUGGGCAGAAGUGGUCCAUAGCUUUGGGUUGGAGGAUAAUGAUUGGAUUGCAAGCACAUACGAGAAAAAGGAGCAGUGGGUGCAUGCUUACUUGUGCGACAAAUUUUGUGCAGGCUUGCGAACAACAUCCAGAUGUGAGGGCAUAAACUCAUCAUUAAAGAAAUUUAUAAAAUCUGAAAAUUGCUUGCUUGAGCUGGUAGAGAACCUGGAUCGUGUUGUUAAAGAUUACCACAACAACGAGUUCAUUGUGGAUUACAAGUCAUUGUAUACUGAUCCUGUGCUGACGACCGGAUUGGAGUCUCUUGAGCGGUUGGCUAGUAAGUUAUACACAAGGGAAAUAUUCUUCGAGGUAAAGGAACAAAUCGAAAGUGUUGGUGGGAUGAUUGUACUGCACAAGGAUAGGUUUGGUAGCAUUGAGAAGUUUAUGCUGAGGAAGUUUAGAAAGCCACAUCGUGUCCAUGUGGUGCUAUAUAAUAAGAGUUCUGACAAGUUCGAGUGUUCAUGCAAGUUGUUGAAUAGUGUAGGUAUUCUUUGUGGUCACAUAUUCUGCGUUCUAAAGGAGCUCGACAUACAAGAGUUGCUCAAUCGAAUGGUUCUUAAGAGGUGGUGUAAAGAUGCCAAAUUCGAUAGAAUUAGCACAACAGAGGUCCAGUCAGAUCCGGACCGGGCAUUCCGUAUUAGGUACGGUGCGUUGUGGGCUGCUUGUUUGAAGAUGUGUUUCUUGGCAGCACAGGGUUUAGAAACCUACGAAAAAGUGGUGAAUGUAGUUGCGAAUAUGUCAAACGAGUUAGAGUCCAUGUGCUACAUAGGCGACAAGGGUGGACAUGCACAUCUUGUUGGAAAUGACAUUGACAUUGGAAAUCCUCAUAUCAUAAGGUCAAAAGGUGCUCCUCGAGGCAGCAUUAAUGCGAAGAAUGGGAGAUGUUGCAGAAGGUGCUUUGGGUUCGAUCAUGACCACCGCAACUGUUUGGUAGAUGAAGACAAUGCGGACGAGGUUUGA